AUGUCCCAGGAAGAAAGUCCGCAACAAUCAACGGGUCCCGGCAUUCCGAGCAAAGGUGCCGCUGUGGACGAUGGCACCAUGGAGGACCUUAUUGAUAAGCUGAGAAUUUUGCGUUACGAGACGGAGUUUUGUCCGCGUGUAAAGCCUCCAUUCAAGCCUUUGAGUAAGUAUUAUUUUUCCGGACCAUCUUCGAUUGAUAAUCCAAAUGCUCAGUUUCACUACUUUACGUCACUGUGCUCUUGGCUUAUGGGUUUAGCUGGACAUGAAUUUGAGCCACCCGGUCAGUUUGAUGAUCCAAACGCAACUUCAACCAAUAUAUUGGGGGAAUUGCGUGCCAUGGACAUCUCAGCCCCAAAUCUUGCUCCAAAUCGAAUUCGUCAAGGAAGUGGAGAGGCGGUUUUGACUAUUUUAUCGGCUCUUGCAGAUCAUGCUCUCCUUAAGAGGGGUUUUUCGCCUCGUGCUGUUGAUUAUACACAUGUAGAAAAGUAUGAUGAGCUGGAUGGGGUAACUGAUGCUGACGAUGAGAAUGGUGUUGGGGAAGAGGUAGAAGACAAUGUGAUGAUAGAAAGUGAUGAUGAAGACGAAGUCUAUGUUCGUGCCACUGGAGAAAGGUCAUCUAAAGAAGAUACAGGAGUUCCUGUAGAAUCCGAGAUUAAUGCUGAAGAAUGGAACUUGGAAGUGGAACGUGUAGGCCCUCUUUUACAGGUAAGGUCAGACGCUAUUCAAGACUGGCGUUCUCGAAUUGAAAAUGCCACUGUUUUACUCAAGGCUGUCGAAAAAAUGUAUCCGGAGGUGAGACAGAUGCUUCAACAUGUAGCAGAUGAUUUGGAAAAGUCAAAGGAUCGCAUUCAGAAGCGGGAGCAAACACUUGCCCAGCAAUUUUCUGAACAAGUUGAAGAUUAUAGGGUAAAAUUGCGUGAGCUUAACACUUCACAAGAUUCUGCAAAUAUGGCAAGUCAAAGUGUUCAACAACUGUCAUCCGAGUUGAAUCAGUUGAGCGGGUUGUUAGAGCAGGUAAAAAGGGAUAUUGAGGAUCGCGAAACAAAAAUUUCUGAUACAACGCCAUUGAUGCAGGUGAAGGAGGCGGUGACAAAGGUGAGGGCUGAAAUUAAGCAAAUGUCACUGCGAAUUGGUGUGCUGCAGCACACGGUACUUCACUAUGUGAUGAAACAAACCAAGGCCAAAUGGGAACGAUCGGAGAAUGGUAUCGGCCUGGAUGACUGGGAAUAA